AUGGAUGAAGCCAACAAAGAACAGGUCUAUAAUCACUCUCAGUUUGAGAAUUUGAGAAAGUUUUGGGACUUAGGAUCUAAUUCAAACACUGAGUCCGAUGUUGAGAAAAAAAGUGCCACAAGAAGCCAUAAAUAUUCUGUGCUUUCUAAUAGCCACAAACACAAGGAAUCCAGUGACAUUAAAUCAUUUGAGGAAAAGAUCCAUGAAGCUGAGGUGCUUCAAAGUCAUAAAAAAAUUCCAGAAAGAGAGGAAAUGGAGAAAUUAAACUCAAAGUACAUACCCCAGGUGCUACCAGAUGAAACCACACUUUUAUGGAGACCACCCAGAACAUCCAUUCAUCAGUUACCAGGAAAUGAGUCAUCAAAGGAAAACGUGGGAAAGAAUACAGAAUGGUUUGUUACUCCAGUAACCAAGAAAGACAAAGAUUACUCAGACCAAGAAAUUGAAGAGUCCAUAGUGAAAGCAAGUAUUUUGUCUAGAAAUUACAAAGACACUUUUAAUGACAGCCUGCAGAAGCUGCUUGCAGAAGCAUCAUUACCAGCAAUCCAACCUCCUGGUGGAAAAGCUCAUGUAAAACAAGAACUUGAACCAGGCUUUUCUGAAGCCAUAACAUGGUCUCCAAAGACAGAUUUGACUGAUGUUGAAAAAGCCAAACAACCUAAAGAGAUCAUUAAUGAGCAUGUAGAUAAAACCAUAGUUCCUCCAAAGGUUGAGCAUAACACUUUCAAUGCUAGUUUGGACAGACUCCUAAAGGAAGCAUCUGAAAUUUCACUCUCUCCUUUGCAAACUAACAUGGAAUCUGUUACCACUGGAACUACCUCUGACUCUGAAGAGAGUAGGUUUUUGGGGAAAGUGAUGGAACGGAGUCACAACACUUUAGACAAGAGAGGAAUAAUAGCUUCUUUUCCAGAGGAAGGCGAGAAUUUGGUAAAUGCAGCUGUCUCCCAGAAAGUUCAGAGUGGUAAGUGCCAGCUAAACACAGAGAACUUGAUUCAGAUGGCUGUGGAUGCUUCUCCCCAUUGUCAUAGAAAAGACUCUUUUGGUAACAAGGCCACAUUUUACCAAGAUCUGCCUUUUCCCCAUGAUGCCCAUCUUGUUCCCCAAGAUAGGGCACUGCCUUCUCAAAGGGAAAUUUCAGAAACUGUAGAAAGAGUCAUCCUUCCACCCAGAACUGUAUUGAAUGAUAUAAAUGCAACAUUAAAGAAGCUACUUAGAGAAGUUCAGUUGAGUUAUUCAGCUGGGGGGCAAGUCUUCCCUGGAGAAGUGGAAACAGAAUUUCCUGAAGGAAUACAGGCAUCAGGUAGCCCCCAAGUUUCUCUGGGAGUUAUCUCACCAAGAGCUACAACCAUAAUUCCAGACAGAAAGGAUUCUUAUUCCUUCAAUUCAGUUCCUGAUAAAACUCAUAUAGUUGGACCUUAUGUAGCACCCACCAACAGAGUAGCCCAAAUGUCUCCAUCAGAACAGAGCCAUAGCUCAUCUGAUUCCACUGUUGCUCUGUAUAGCAAAGAGCUAUCUCGGGAAAGGGCAGGAAAUGUGAAGGAAACAAUUAUUCAACCUAAAUUACAGCUCCUUGAAUUCAAUGCUAGAUUAGAAAAAUUACUAGAAGAAAUCACUGAACACUCCCCCUCAAAUUGUGAAAGCAAUUCAGAGACUCUUUCUCCAUUAAAAUUAAUAGGUAGUACUGAGGAGCCCAGGCAAGUUGCUUCUGAAUUUCAUCCUGAGGAAAUAAAAGAAACAGUAGAAAAGUCUGAGGCUCCAUUAAAAACUGAGAGUGUUUUUGAUAAUAGUUUGCAGAAACUCCUGCAUGAACUGUCUGAAGCUCCUCCUUACCAGCACCAGAUGUCAGUGAAGGAAGAAACUCCUGAGACGUCCUCGCAGUCAGAGAAGGCCAAGUUCUUGGAUACAGUGCCUCGUUUUUACUGGACAGCUUCAGAGGCCUCUGAAGUGAAGGUUAAGAGUAAUGUUUUGAAAUCUCAACUUCACCAAUGUGAUAAAGAGUUGAGAGGAGAUAAAGAUGUGACUGAUUUAUCAUUAGAUCUCUGUAGUCCAGAAUGUGGGGUUGAGAGCUCUGGUACCUCACAACUUUAUGUGGACAAUGAAAUAGAGACAGUUAAAACUACAAAGUCUUCAGAGGACAGGAACAGGGAAAGUAAGGUGGCAGGGAAAAAAGGGAAUUUUCAGGAGCCUGACUUCCAAGAGACUCCUGAAUCAACUAGUGUGUCCAGAAAUAGCCAACCCAUUCCUCUCCUGAUGAACCAAGAAAACCCUACAAAAGCAAGUAAAGUUGAACUGUUUCUGGCAUCUUCAUAUAAGACAGAAGAGAAAGAAGAAGAAAAAGGUUUCUCUGACUCUGAUUUUUCAGAUGGGAACAACGGUUCUAAUACAGAAAGCUGGAGAACUACCUCUAGUUCAGAAGGAGAACCCAGCCCUGUUUUGAAAACUGUGGAAAGGAAUGCUGCUAGGAAAAUGCCUUCCCAAAGUCUAGAAGACAUUUCAUCAGAUUCAUCAAAUCAAGCAAAAGUAGAUAAUCUGCCAGAAGAAUUAGUACGUAGUGCUGAAGAUGAUCAAAAAGCAGAUCAGGAACCAGAUACAAAUGAAUGCGUACCAGGAAUUUCCACAGUGCCUUCACAACCUGGUAAUCAGUUUUCCCACCCUGACAAACUCAAAAGGAUGAGCAAGUCUGUUCCAGCAUUUCUCCAAGAUGAGGUGAGUGGCAGUGUAAUGAGUGUUUAUAGUGGAGACUUUGGCAAUCUGGAAGUUAAAGGGAAUAUUCAGUUUGCGAUCGACUAUGUGGACUCAUUGAAGGAGUUGCAUGUUUUUGUGGCCCAGUGUAAAGAUUUAGCAGCAGCAGAUGUGAAAAAACAGCGUUCGGACCCAUAUGUAAAGACCUAUUUGUUACCAGACAAAGGCAAAAUGGGCAAGAAGAAAACAUUUGUACUGAAGAAAACAUUGAAUCCUGUAUAUAAUGAGAUUCUGCGGUACAAAAUUGAAAAACAAAUCUUAAAGACGCAGAAACUGAACGUAUCUGUUUGGCAUCGGGAUACAUUUAAACGCAAUAGUUUUCUAGGGGAAGUGGAACUUGAUUUGGAAACUUGGGACUGGGACAACAAACAGAAUAAACAGUUGAAGUGGUACCCUCUGAAACGGAAGACAGCACCAGUUGCCCUUGAGGCAGAAAACAGAGGUGAAAUGAAGUUAGCCCUCCAGUAUGUCCCAGAGCCAAACCCUGGUAAAAAGCUUCCUACUACUGGAGAAGUACACAUCUGGGUGAAGGAAUGCCUUGAUCUACCACUGCUAAGGGGCAGCCAUCUAAAUUCUUUUGUCAAAUGUACCAUCCUUCCAGAUACGAGUAGGAAAAGUCGCCAAAAGACCAGAGCUGUAGGGAAAACUACCAGCCCUGUCUUCAACCACACCAUGGUGUAUGAUGGGUUCAGGCCUGAAGACCUUACUGAAGCUUGUGUUGAACUUACCGUCUGGGACCAUUACAAAUUAACCAACCAGUUUUUGGGAGGUCUUCGGAUUGGCUUUGGGACAGGUAAAAGCUAUGGUACUGAAGUAGACUGGAUGGACUCAACUUCAGAAGAAGUUGCUCUUUGGGAGAAGAUGGUAGAGUCCCCCAAUACUUGGAUUGAAGCCACGCUGCCCCUCAGGAUGUUGCUCAUUGCCAAGAUUUCCAAAUGAGCCCCAAGUCCACUGGCUCUUCCACUGAAAACAUCCAAACAGGUGGAAUCUGAUCUUGAAAUUUGGUUAUGUGGACAGAGACUCUCAUUUUCUAUCUACUAGAGAAUAUAGUAUAGCAUGUUAAAAUCAACCCGCAUGUAUUUUGUUUGGUUACGAGGCCCAUGGAAUAAAUACA